CUGGGGCUGCUGCUUGCUGCAGGGGCGUCGGCAGAAGACGAAGUGCUGGAAAAUGCCAACCCGAGCUGUCCAAAAGAUGCGACUCGGUUCAAGCACCUGCGGAAGUACAUGUACGGCUAUGAGGCAGAGAGUUCCAGCGGAGUCCCUGGGACUGCCGAUUCAAGGAGCGCCACCAAGAUCCACUGCAAGGUUGAGCUGGAGGUUCCCCAACUCUGUAGCUUCAUCCUGAGGACCAGCCAGUGCACUCUGAAAGAGGUGUAUGGCUUCAACCCCGAGGGCAAGCCCUUGAUGAAGAAGACCAAGAACUCGGAGGAGUUUGCUGCUGCCAUGUCCAGGUUUGAGCUCAAGCUGGUCAUGCCUGAAGGGAAGCAAGUUUUCCUUUACCCAGAGAAGGAUGAACCCAAACACAUCCUGAACAUCAAGAGAGGCAUCAUUUCUGCCCUUCUGGUUCCUCCGGAGACAGAGGUGUCCAAACAAGUGUUGUUUCAGGAUACCGUGUAUGGAAACUGCUCCACUCACCUUACUGUCAAGACGAGGAAGGGAAACGUGGCAACAGAAAUCGUCACCGAAAGGAACCUGGAGCAGUGUGAUGGCUUCCAGCCCAUCAGCACAGGCGUCAGCCCACUGGCGCUCAUCAGAGGCAUGACUCGCCCCUUGUCAACUCUGGUCAGCAGCAGCCAGUCCUGCCAGUAUACCCUGGACUCUAAGAAGAAGCACGUGUCUGAAGCCAUCUGCAAGGAGCAACACCUCUUCCUGCCAUUCUCCUACAAGAAUAAGUAUGGGAUGAUGGCACAUGUCACACAGACUUUGAAACUCGAAGACACCCCAAAGAUCAACAGCCGCUUCUUUGAGGAAGGAGCUGAGAGGGCGAGGCUCACCUUUGAGAGCACCAAGUCCACGUCACCACCAAAGCAGGCAGAGGCUGCUGUGAAGACCCUCCAGGAACUGAAGAAGCUGUCUGUUUCUGAACAAAAUGCCCAGAGAGCUAAUCUCUUCAAUAAACUGGUCACUGAGCUGAGAGGCCUCAGCAAUGAAGCAGUCACAUCCCUCUUGCCAAAGCUGAUUGAGGUGUCCAGCCCUAUCACUCUGCAAGCCUUGGUUCAGUGUGGACAGCCCCAGUGCUACACUAACAUUCUGCAGUGGCUGAAGAGCGAGAGAGCCAACCCCCUUCUGAUAGACGCUGUCACCUACUUGGUGGCACUGAUCCCGGAGCCCUCAGUCCAGAGGCUGCGGGAGAUCUUUAACAUGGCCAAGGAGCAGCGGAGUCGGGCCACUUUGUAUGCACUAAGCCAUGUGGUCAACAACUAUCAUAAGAAAAUCUCAACAGUGUCCCAGGACCUGCUAGACAUUGCUGAUUACCUGCUGGAACAGAUCAGCAAUGGCUGUGCUGGGGAUGAAGAUUACACCUACUUGAUUCUGAGGGCCAUCGGAAAUAUGGGUGGGACCAUGGACAAGCUAAGACCGGGGCUCAAGUCUUCAGUCCUGAAAUGUAUCCAAAGUGCAAAGUCAUCAUUGCUGAUUCAGAAGGCUGCCAUCCAGGCCCUGCGGAAAAUGGAACUUACAGAUGAGGUCCGUGGAGUGCUUCUUCAGACUUUCCUUGAAGGUGCUUCUCCAGUGGAUAAGCGACUGGCUGCCUAUCUCAUGCUGAUGGGAGGGCCUGCUGUGUCAGAUAUUAACAAAGUUAUCCAAGUUCUCCCACGGGAGCAAAAUGAGCAGGUGAAGAACUUUGUAGCUUCCCACAUUGCCAACAUCUUGAACUCAGAAGAAUUGUACAUCCAUGAUUUCAAAAAGCUAGUGAAAGAAGCUCUGAAAGACUCUCGACUCCCAACUCUCAUGGACUUCAGAAAAUUUUCCCGGAACUAUCACUUUUCCAAAUCUGUUUCUCUUCCUUCACUUGACCACGUCUCAGCCAAAAUCGAAGGGAAUCUCAUAUUUGACCCAAAUAAUUACCUUCCGAAAGAAAGUAUGCUGAAAACAACCCUCACUGUCUUCGGACUUGCUUCAGUUGACCUCUUUGAGAUUGGUUUAGAAGGAAAAGGCUUUGAGCCAACGCUAGAAGCUCUUUUUGGAAAGCAAGGAUUUUUCCCUGACAGCGUCAACAAAGCUUUGUACUGGGUUGAUGGUCAAGUUCCUGAUCAUGUCUCCAAGGUCUUGGUAGACCACUUUGGCUACACAGCAAAUGAUAAACGUGAGCAGGACAUGGUAAAUGGAAUUAUGCUCAAUGUGGAGAAGCUGAUCAAAGAUUUGAAAUCCAGAGAAGUCCCAGAAGCCAGAGCCUACCUCCGCAUCUUGGGAGAGGAGCUUGGCUUUGUCGGGCUCCAGGACCUCAAGCACCUGGGAAGGCUGCUGCUGAAUGGUGCUCGGACUUUGCAGGGGCUCCCCCAGAUGAUCGGAGAGGCCAUCAGAAAAGGUUACAAGAAUGACUUGUUUCUUCACUACAUCUUCAUGGACAAUGCCUUUGAGCUCCCCACUGGAGUUGGGUUGCAACUGCAAGUGUCUUCAUCUGGAGUCAUCACUCCAGGAACCAAGGCAGGAGUGAAGCUGGAAGUAGGCAAUAUGCAGGCUGAACUGGUCGUAAAGCCUUCUGUGUCUGUGGAGUUUGUGACCAACAUGGGCAUCGUCAUCCCAGACUUCUCUAAGAGCGGAGUUCAGAUGAACACCAACUUCUUCCAUGAGUCAGGCAUGGAGGCACGUGUUGCCCUGAAAGCUGGGCAGCUGAAGUUCAUCAUUCCUUCUCCAAAGAGACCAGUGAAGCUAUUCAGUGGCAGCAACACAUUGCAUCUGGUAUCUACCACCAAAACGGAAGUGAUCCCACCUCUAAUUGAAAACAGACAGUCCUGGUCAACCUGCAAGCCCCUAUUUACUGGCAUGAACUACUGCACCACCGGUGCUUACUCCAACGCCAGCUCCAUAGACUCUGCCUCUUACUAUCCACUGACUGGAGACACCAGAUUUGAGCUGGAACUGAAACCCACAGGAGAGAUAGAGCACUAUUCUGCCAGCGCAACCUAUGAACUCCAGAGAGAGGACAGAGGCUUGGUGGACACGCUGAAGUUUGUAGCUCGGGCAGAAGGUGUGAAGCAGACUGAGGCUAUUAUGAUGUUCAGAUACAAUCGAGAGAGGAUGACUUUGUCCAGUGAAAUCCAAAUUCCAGAUUUAGAUGUUGACCUUGGAACAGUCCUCAGAAUUAGUGAUGAUUCUGCUCAGGACAAAAAGUCUUAUAAACUCACCCUGGACAUUCAGAACAAGAAGAUCACCGAGGUCACUCUCAUGGGCCACAUAAGCUGUGACAUGAAAGAAAAAGGCAAAAUCAAAGGUGUUAUUUCCAUACCCCGUUUGCAAGCAGAAGCCAGAAGUGAGAUCCUCAUGCACUGGUCACCCAUAAAAAUGCUCCUCCAAAUGUACUCGUCUGCUACCGCUUACGGCUCAACAAUUUCCAAGAGGGUCGCGUGGCGUUAUGAUGAAGAGAAGAUUGAAUUUGAAUGGAACACGGGCACCAACGUGGAUACCAAAAAAGUGGCUUCCAAUCUUCCUGUGGCUCUCUCUGAUUAUCCUAGAAGCUUGCAAAUGUAUGCCAGCAGUCUCUUGGACCACAGAAUUCCUCAAACAGACAUGACUUUCCGGCACAUGGGCUCCAAGUUAAUAGUUGCAACAAACGCAUGGCUUCAGAAGGUAUCUGGUAAUCUUCCUUAUGCCGAGACUUUGCAAGAUCACCUCAGUGGCCUCAAGGAGUUAAACCUCCAGCAAAUGGGAUUGCCAGACUUCCACAUCCCAGAAAACCUCUUCUUAAAAAGUGAUGGCCGGGUCAAAUAUACUUUGAACAAGAACAGUGUGAAGAUUGAGAUUCCUUUGCCUUUUGGUGGCAAAUCCUCCAAAGAUCUAAAGAUGUUUGAGACUCUUCAGACACCAGCCCUCAACUUCAAAUCUGUGGGACUCUACCUACCAUCUCGAGAGUUCCAAGUCCCCACUUUCACAAUUCCCAAGUUCUACCAACUGCGAGUGCCUCUCUUGGGUGUUCUAGACCUCUCCACAAAUGUCUACAGCAACCUGUACAACUGGUCUGCCUCCUACACUGGUGGCAACACCAGCACAGACCACUUUAGCCUUCAAGCUCAAUACCACAUGAAGGCUGACUCUGUGGUGGACCUGCUUUCCUAUAAUGUACAAGGAUCUGGAGAAACAACAUAUGACCACAGGAACACAUUUACAUUGUCAUGUGAUGGAUCUCUACACCACAAAUUUUUAGAUUCAAAUAUCAAAUUCAGCCACGUGGAAAGAGUUGGAAACAACCCUGCUUCAAAAGGCUUACUGACCUUUGAUGCAUCUAGUGCCUGGGGACCACAGAUGUCGGCUUCAGUUCAUCUGGACUCAAAAAAGAAACAGCAUUUGUAUGUCAAAGAGGUCAAGGUUGAUGGACAGUUCAGAGCCUCUUCGUUCUAUGCCGAAGGCACAUAUGAUCUGUCUUAUCAAAGAGAUACUGCCACUGGCCAACUAAGUGGAGAGUCCAACCUGAGGUUUAAUUCCUCCUACCUCCAGGGCACCAACCAGGUAAUAGGAAGAUAUGAAGAUGGAACCCUUUCCCUCACCUCCACCUCUGAUCUGCAAAGGGGCAUCUUUAAAAACACUGCUUCCUUGAAAUAUGAGAACUAUGAGCUGACUCUGAAAUCUGAUACCAACGGAAUGUAUGAGGACUUUGCCACUUCAAACAAGGUGGAUCUGACCUUCUCUAAGCAAAAUGCAUUGCUCCGUUCUGAGUAUCAGGCCAAUUACAAAUCAUUGAGGCUCUUCACCUUGCUUUCUGGAUCACUAAAUUCCCAUGGCCUUGAAUUAAAUGCUGUCAUCUUGGGCACUGACAGAGUUAACAGUGGUGCUCACAAGGCAACACUAAGAAUUGUCCAAAGUGGAAUAUCCACCAGCGCAACAACCAACUUGAAGUAUAGUCCCCUGUUGCUAGAGAAUGAGCUGAAUGCAGAGCUUGGCCUCUCUGGGGCAUCUUUGAAAUCAACCACAAAUGGCCGAUUCAAGGAACACAAUGCAAAAUUUAGUCUAGAUGGAAAAGCCACUCUCUCAGAGGUAUCAUUGGGAAGUGCUUAUCAGGCCAUGAUUCUGGGUGUCGACAGCAAAAACAUCCUUGACUUCAAAAUCAACCAGGAAGGACUUAGGUUGUCAAACGACAUAAUGGGAUCAUACGCAGAUAUGAAACUUGACUACACAAACAGUCUGGCCAUUGCAGGUCUAUCAUUGGACUUCUCUUCGAAACUUGACAACAUCUACAGCUCUGACCAGUUUUAUAAGCAAAAUUUUAAUUUGCAGCUACGGCCGUUUUCUCUCAUCACUACCUUAAACAGUGACCUGAAAUACAAUGCUUUGGAUCUGACCAAUAGUGGAAAGUUACGGCUUGAACCCCUGAAGCUGAAUGUGGGUGGGAACCUGAAAGGAGCCUACCAAAACAAUGAAAUAAAACACAUCUACACCAUUUCUUAUGCUGACCUGUCAGCUAGUUAUAAAGCUGACACUAUAGCUAAGGUUCAAGGUGUGGAGUUUAGCCACCGACUCAGUACAAACAUUGCCGGGCUGGCUUCAACCAUUGACAUCAGUACAAACUGUAAUUCAGACUCGCUGCAUUUCAGCAAUGUUUUCCGUUCUGUGAUGGCACCAUUUACCAUGACCAUUGAUGCACAUACAAAUGGCAAUGGGAAGCUGGUUCUUUGGGGAGAACACACAGGGCAGUUGUAUAGCAAAUUCCUGUUGAAAGCAGAACCUCUGGCCUUUACUUUCUCUCAUGAUUACAAAGGAUCCACCAGUCACCAUCUCAUGUCCAGGGAAAGCAUCAGUACAACUCUUGAUCACAAAGCCAAAGCCCUGCUUACUCCAGCUGAGCAGACAGGCACAUGGAAACUCAAGACCCAAUUGAACAACAAUGAAUACAGCCAGGACUUUGAUGCUUACAACACCAAAGACAAAAUUGGUGUGGAGCUGAACGGACGAGUCCUGGCUGACCUCACUCUGCUAGACUACCCAAUUAACGUACCAUUUUUACACCAUGAGCCCAUCAAUGUCAUUGAUACUUUAGAGCUGAGAGAUGCUAUCAGCAAGCCCCAAGAAUUCACAGUGGUUGCUGUUGUAAUGUAUGAUAAGAACCAAGAUGUUCACACCAUCAACCUUCCAUUCUUCCAAACUCUGCCAGAAUAUUUUGAGAGAAAUCGAAUGGUAAUUAUAACUUCUCUGGAAACCAUACAGAAAGAACUGAAACGUAUCAAUAUUGAUCAGUUUGUGGAGAAAUACAAAACGGCCCUGGGCAAAUUCCCACAGCAAGUUAAUGAUUAUCUGAAAACACUGAAUUGGGAGAGACAAGUUACAAGUGCCAAGGAGAAACUAAUUACUUUGGCCAAAAAAUACAGAAUUACAGAAAAUGAUCUACAAAUUGCAUUAGAUCGUGCCAAAGUCAAUUUUAAUGAAAAAAUAUCUCAACUACAGACAUAUGUGAUACAAUUUGAUCAGUAUAUUAAAGAUAAUUAUGAUAUCCAUGAUUUUAAAACAGCUGUUGCUAAGAUUAUUGACCAAAUCAUUGAAAAAUUAAAAAUUCUCGAUGAACGUUAUCAUAUUCGUGUAAAUGUAGUAAGAAUAAUCCAUGAUAUACAUUUGUUUAUUGAAAACAUUGAUUUUAAUAAACUUGGAACUAGUACUGCAUCUUGGGUUCAAAACGUAGAUACUAAGUAUCAAAUCAAAAUCCAGAUACAAGAAAAACUGCAGCAACUCAAGACACAGAUUCAGAAUAUAGACAUUCAGCACUUUGCAGAAAAGUUAAAACAGCAAGUCGAGGCUAUCGAUGUCAGAGUGCUUUUAGAUCGCUUGAGAACUACAAUUCCAUUUCAAAGAAUACAGGACAUUAUCGAGUCUGUCAAACAUUUCGUUACAAGUCAGAUUGAAGGUUUUGAAGUAACUGAGAAAAUCAGUGCUUUCGGAGACUUCUUCCACAAAGUCAUUAAGACAUAUGAAAUAGACCAACAGAUCCAAAUGUUGAUGAAUAAAUUUGUACAGUUGACCCACCGAAACAAAUUGAAGGAAACUGUUCAGAAGCUAACCAUUGUCCUACAACGAAUUGAGAUAAAAUACUACUUUGAGAAACUCGUGGGGUUUAUUGAUGAUGCUAUCGAGCAGCUUAAAGCAUCAUCUUUUAAAAAUUUUAUUGAAGAAGUAAACAAAUUCCUUGACACGUUGGUACAAAAACUAAAGUCAUUUGAUUACCACCAGUUUGUAGAUGAAACCAACACCAAAAUCCGUGAGAUAACUCAGAGACUCAAUGAUGAAAUUCAGGCUCUGAGACUACCACAGAAAGUUGAAGCUCUAAAACUAUCUAUAGAAGACAUCAAGGAGGUAGUCAAAACCUGUCUGGAAUACCUAGAGGACACCGAACUAACUUUUCUUGUCAGUUGGUUACAUGAUGUUUCAAGUUCAGCAUCUUUGGUUCAAAUGAAAGCCAAAUUCCUAGACACCCUAGAAGACACACGAGACCGAAUGUAUCAAAUGGACAUUCAACAUGAACUUGAAAGAUACCUGUCUCUGAUAGGCCAGGUUUAUAGCACACUUGUCACCUAUAUUUCUGACUGGUGGAGUCUUGCUGCUAAGAACCUUACUGACUUUGCCGAGCAGUAUUCUAUCCAAGAGUGGGCUGAAAAUGUGAAAACAUUGGUAGAACAAGGGUUUACUGUUCCUGAAAUCCAGACCAUUCUCGGAACCAUGCCUGCCUUUGAAGUCAGUCUUCGUGCUCUUCAGGAAGCUACCUUCCAGACUCCUGUCUUCAUAGUCCCCCUGACAGAUCUGAGGAUUCCAUCAGUCCAGAUAAACUUUAAAGAGUUGAAGGAUAUAAAAAUCCCAUCCAAGUUUUCCACACCAGCAUUUACUAUCCUCAAUACCUUGCACAUUCCUUCUUUUACUGUUGAUUUAGUAGAAAUAAAAAUAAAGAUCAUCAGAACCAUUGACCAAAUGCUAAACAGUGAACUGCAGUGGCCACUUCCAGAAGUGAAUCUGAGGGACCUGAAGAUGGAGGACACCCUUCUUGCUAGAAUCACUAUGCCAGAUUUCCAUUUACCUGAAAUCACAAUUCCAGAAUAUAUAAUCCCAAAUCUAGACCUUAAAGAUUUUCAAGUGCCUGACAUUUACAUACCAGAAUUCCAGCUUCCCCACAUCUCACAUACAAUCGAAGUCCCUACUUUUGGCAAGCUGUAUACCAUUUUGAAAAUUCAAUCUCCCCUUUUCACAUUAGAUGCAAAAGCUGACAUACAGAAUGUAACUACUUCAGUGAACAAAGCAGAGAUGACUGCUACCAUCACUGCCAAAGGAGAGUCCAAGUUGGAAGUUCUCAAUUUUGAUUUUCAAGCUAAUGCUCAACUCUCAGACCCUCAGGCUGAUCCACUGGUUCUGAAGGAAUCCAUGAAGUUCUCGAGCAAGUACCUGAGAACAGAGCAAAAGAGUGAGAUGCUAUUUUUGGAAAAUGCUAUUGAGGGGAAAUCAGAUGCAGUGGCAAGUUUACACACAGAAAAGAAUACAGUGGAGCUGAGUCAUAGUGUGAUCGUCAGGGUAAACAAUCAGCUCACCCUGGACAGCAACACAAAGUACGUCCACAAAUUGAACAUCCCAAAACUGGACAUCUCCAGUCAGGCUGACCUGCGCAAUGAAAUCAAGGCAUUGUUGAAAACCAGACAUAUAGCAUGGACUUCUUCUGGAACAGGAUCAUGGAAAUGGGCCUGCCCCAAAUUCUCAGAUGAGGGAACACAUGAGUCGCAAGUUAGCUUCACUGUGGAAGGACCCAUCACUUCCUUUGGAUUGUCUAAUAAGAUCAAUAGCAAACACCUGAGGGUAAAUCAAAACUUGGCUUAUGAAUCUGGCUUCUUCAACUUUUCUAAAUUUGAAAUUCAGUCACAAGUCGAAUCCCAGCAUGUGGGUCGCAGCGUUCUAACUGCAAAAGGCACCACCCUGCUUAGAGAAGGAAAGGCAGAAAUAACUGGCAACCAUGAUGCUCAUUUAAAUGGAAAAGUGAUUGGAACUUUGAGAAAUUCUCUCUUCUUUUCAGCACAGCCAUUUGAGAUUACUGCAUCCACAAAUAAUGAGGGGAAUUUGAAAGUUAGUUUUCCAUUAAAGUUGACAGGGAAAAUAGACUUCCUGAAUAACUAUGCACUGUUUUUGAGUCCUAGUGCCCAGCAAGCAAGUUGGCAAGCAAGUGCCAGGUUCAAUCAGUACAAGUACAGUCAAAAUUUCUCUGCUGGAAACAAUGAGAACAGCAUCAAGGCCCACAUAGGAAUGAAUGGAGAGGCCAACCUGGAUUUCUUAAACAUCCCUUUAACAAUUCCUGAAAUGAAUCUACCUUAUACAACACUUACAACUCCCCCACUGAAAGAUUUCUCCUUAUGGGAAAAAACAGGCUUGAAGGAGUUCUUGAAAACAACCAAGCAAUCAUUUGAUUUAAAUAUAAGGGCUCAGUAUAAGAAAAACAAAGACAAGAAUCCCAUCGUAGUUCCACUGGGUGUGUUUUAUGAGUUUGUUGACUCCUUUGACAGGCAUUUUGAGAAAGUCAGAAAGAAUGCAUUAGACUUUCUCAUCAAAUCUUAUAAUGAGGCCAAAGUUAAGUUUGAUAAGUACAAAGCUGAAAAAUCCCUCAACGAGCUCCCCAGGACCUUUCAGAUUCCUGGGUACACUAUUCCUGUUGUCAAUGUCGAAGUGUCUUCAUUCACAGUAGAGAUGUUGGCAUUCAGCCAUGUAAUCCCCAAAGCAAUCAGCACUCCUGGUGUCACCAUCUUGGGUGGCUUCUCUGUGCCUUCAUACAGGUUAGAGCUAGAGCUGCCCAACCUUCGUGUCCCUACAAAUCUUUUUAAGCUUUCUCUUCCAGAUUUCAAGAAAUUAAGUGCUGUAGACAAUAUUUUCAUUCCAGCCAUGGGCAACAUUACUUAUGAUUUUUCCUUUAAAUCAAGUGUCAUCACGCUCAAUACCAAUGCUGGACUUUAUAACCAAUCAGAUAUUGUUGCACAUUUCCUUUCAUCCUCUUCAUCCGUCAUUGAUGCACUGCAAUACAAAUUAGAGGGCACCUCAAGUCUGACAAGAAAAAGAGGGCUGAAGUUAGCCGCAGCUCUGUCUCUGAGUAACAAAUUUGUGGAAGGCAGUCAUGACAGUACCAUUAGCUUAACCAAGAAAAACAUGGAAGCAUCAGUGACAACAACUGCAAAAGUCCAAGUUCCCAUUUUGAGAAUGAAUUUCAAGCAAGAACUUAAUGGAAAUAUGAAAUCAAAACCAACAGUCUUGUCAACCAUUGAAUUAAAGUAUGAUUUCAACUCCCCAAAGCUGCAUUUUAUUGCUAAAGGGGCAGUUGACCACAAGCUCAGUUUAGAAAGCCUCACCUCUUACUUUUCCAUUGAGUCCUCUACCAAAGGAGAUGUCAAGGGUUCGGUCCUUUCACUAGGAUAUUCAGGAACUAUUGUCAAUGAGGCCAGCACUUACUUGAAUUCCAAGGGUACUCGGUCUUCAGUGAGGCUGCAAGCAACUUCCAAUGUUGAUGAAAUCUGGAACUUGGAAGUAAAAAAAAGUUUUGCUGGAGAAGUCACUCUCCAGCGCAUCUAUGCCAUUUGGGAAUGCAAUACAAAAAACCGCUUACUGCUAAUGGGCCUCUUUUUCUCAGAAGGAGAACAGGCAAGCAAAGCCACUCUUGAAUUUGCCCCAUGGGAAAUGUUAGCCAUUGCUCAGGCUCGAGUAAGACAGCGCAAUCCUCUUCUUGAUAUUUCUGACUUUGUCCUGGAAGUGGGCCUGAAUGCUAACACAAAGAACCAGAAGGUCAACUGGAAAAGUCAAGUCGAGUUUCAGCAAAAGUCCCUCCAGAACAGUAUACAACUUUCCAAUGACAAAGAAGAGCUACGCCUUGAUGUUGCAGGAUCCUUAAAAGGACACCUAUGGUUCCUUAAAAAUAUCAUCCUACCAGUUUAUGAUAAGAGUUUAUGGGAUCUCCUAAAACUGGAUUUAACCACUGACAUUGACAGGAGACACACUCUUCAUGCUUCAACUGCCCUUGUGUAUACCAAAAACCCCAAUGGCUAUCCCUUCUCUGUCCCUGUGCAAGAAUUGGCUGAUACAUUCCUUAUCCCUGGGCUGAAGCAAAAUGGUCUAAAUUCAGUUUUUGUCACACCUACCUUUCAAGUACCAUUUACAGAUCUUCAAAUUCCAUCCUACAAACUUGACCUCAGUGAAAUAAAAGUCUAUAAGAAGCUAAGUACCUUACCAUUUGCCAUCAACCUACCAACACUACCCAAAAUAAAAUUCCCUAAAAUCGAUGUGUUAACAAAAUAUUCUGAACCAGAAGACUCCUCAGUUCCCUUCUUUGAGAUAACCGUGCCUACAUCUCAGUUAAUUGUGGCCCAGUUGACGCUUCCAAAACGUGUUUCAGUUGGCAGUGCUGUUUUGGAUCUAAAUGAGGUAACCCACAUGAUUGCAGACUUUGAGUUGCCUACCAUCGCCAUACCUGAACAGACCAUUGAGAUCCCUUCCAUUACAUUCUCUAUACCUGCUGGAAUUGUCAUCCCUUCCUUUGGAGCACUGACUGCACAUUUGGAGGUGUCUUCUCCAGCAUAUAAUACCACUUGGAGUGCUGGUUUGAAAAAUAAUGCAGAUCAUAUUGAAACAUUCCUGGAUUCCACAUGCAACUCAACCAUACAGUUCCUGGAAUAUAAACUAAAUGUUGUGGGAACACACAAAAUUGAAGAUGGCAUGUUAGUCUGUAAGAACAAAGGAACACUUGUACACCAGGACUUCAGUGCAGAAUAUAAAGAAGAUGGCAAAUAUAAAGGACUUGAGACCUGGGAAGGAGAGGCUCACCUUGACAUCACCAGCCAAGUGUUCACUGAUGUCCACCUGCACUACCAAGAAGACGAAAAAAGGAUCCUCUCCUCAGCAAGCUCCCCAACCAUCGGCACUGUGGGCAUGGACUUGGAAGAUGACAAUGAUUUUUUUAAAUGGGACUUCUACUAUCACCCCCAGUCCUCUCCGGAUAAAAAACUCAGCAUAAUCAAAACUGAAUUGAGGCUCCAGGAAUCUAAUGAUGAAAUUCAGAUCAAAGUUAACUGGGAAGAAGAAGCUGUUUCUGGAUUGCUAAGCUCCCUGAAAGACAGUGUGCCCAAGGCCACAGGGACCCUUUAUGAUUAUGUGGACAAGUACCACCGGGAACACACGGGACUUAAUCUGAGAGAUGUUCCUUCAAAACUAAGAAGAAGUCUGCAGAACAAUGCUGAGUGGGCCUAUCAAGGGGCUAUGAGGCGAAUUGAUGAGAUGGAAGUGGAGCUCCAGAGAGCAGCCAGUGGUACCACUAGAAUCUAUGAGGAGUGGAAAAAUAAGGCCCAGAAUCUGUACCAGGAAAUGUUGGCUCAAGAAGGCCAAGACAGUUACCAGAGAUUCAAGGAUAAGGUGUUUGACAGCUUAAUACAAGUUACUCAAGAAUACCAUAAGAUAAUCAAGCGUAUGAUUGAGUCAUUCUUUGAUUUCCUGAAGCACACCAGAUUCCAUCUCCUGGGGAAAUCUGGGAACUACACUGCCGAAGAACUCAGCAAUGUGGCUAGAAGUGAAGUAGGGAAGGCAAUGAUCCACAUCUGUUCAAAUAUCCGUGUUGGGUCAGGAACAUUGUUUUCUUAUUUUCAAUACCUAGGGAAUAAAUCUGAAUUAAUCAAUAACCUAACAAUUAAAUAUCCCUUUCAUUCAUAUGACUAUAAACUAAUGGAUAUAAUCCAGGAGUCUAGUAGACUGUUGGACUCUCUAUUACAAGAAGUCGAAAGUGCCCUUGAUUACUUUCGAUCUCUCGAGACUACAGAGCUGUUAAGUGAUAUUCAGAAUGUUUUACAAUCAAGUUUCGACGAGAUAGAAGAACAACUUAUACACUUAAAGGAGGGGAAACGUACUUACCUUAUUACUGCUAUCCAAUCUGAGAUCAAUUCAACUGUCUAUUAUUAUAUUCCAUAUGCUUCUGAAUUCCUAAAAGGAAACAUAUACCUUUACCUUGAUAAGUUCAAUGAACUUGUUGAGAACAAACUUCACGAAGCUUCUGAAGGACUACAGCAAAUGCAUCAGUACAUAAAGGCUCUUCGUGAAGAAUAUUUUGAUCCAAGUGUAGUAGGCUGGUCAGUGAAAUAUUAUGAACUUGAAGAAAAAAUUGUCAACCUGAUCAAGAGCCUAGUAGUUGCCCUCAAGGACUUCCAUUCCAAAUACAUGGGCAGUGCUACUGGCUUUGCUUCCCAAUUAUCCAGUCAGGUUGUGCAGUUUGUGUACAGGGAUAUCCAGGAAUAUAGUAGCAUCCUUGUUGAUGUAGAUGGGAGGGAAGAGAAGAUUGCAGAGCUUUCUACUACUGCUCAGGAAAUAAUUAAAAGUUGGGCUAUUAGAAUGAAGAAAAUCAUUUCUGAUUACCACCAGCAGUUCAAAUACAAGCUGCAGGAUGUUUCAGACCAACUCUGUGAUUACUAUGAAAAAUUUAUUGCCGAGUCCAAAAGAUUGAUUGACCUGUCCAUUCAGAACUACCACAUGUUUCUAAGCUAUAUCACUGAGUUACUAAAAGAACUGCAAUCAGCCACAGUCCAUGACAAGAACCUCUACAUACAGCUUACUCCAGGAGAACUUACUAUGAUCUUCUAAUUUUUUUUAAAGCAAUUCUCAAUAUUAUUCUGUUCCAGUUAAACUUUUACACAGUAGGAAAAAAUUCAAACUGCAUGCAUUAAGAAAACCAUGCAUUGAGCCAGCAGAGAGCUGACCAGAACCGAAGCACAUCUGAACUGGACCUACAUAAAGCUGCCCUCAGAACUCUCACAGGUUUGGCCCCAGGGAGAUGACAUUUUUUUGCAAGUCAACAAAAAUCAGAAUCAGUUAUUUUGCUAAAUGUGGGGGUAUGGGGAAUAAAUAAAUGGAUUCCUUAUUGUGUACCA